AUGGUUACCGGUGUUACUGGCUUUGUCGGAUCUCACGUAGCGAAAGCCCUGCUCGAACGCGGAUACAGAGUCCGCGGGACCCUCCGAGAUUUAGAAAAGGCUGCCUGGCUUGUUAACAAUGUCUUCAAGGAUUAUGCCGACACUGGCAGAUUUGAGUUAUGCUACGUCCGUGUUAUAGCGGCUGUUGACGCCUAUGAUGAGGCUAUCCAGGGCGUCUCGGUUGUCGCUCAUGUUGCGAGUAUCCUUACCAUGGAUCCAGACUCGACAAAGGUUAUUCCAGCAACUGUCGCUGGCGCUACCUCAAUCUUGAAUGCAUCAAUGAAGGAGCCAUCAGUCAAAUCCUUCGUAUAUACAAGCUCUCUCGGCGCCGCAACAAUGCUUGCGCCCGUAGCUGCGGAGAAGGCGUUGUGGAAAUUUGCUGGAGAGCAGCGGCCGCAUUUUACAAUCAGCUCUGUGGGGCCUUCAGUCAUUAUAGGAGAGGCGCUCAACAAAGCUCAUAACGAAGGCGACGGGGCUUGGAUCAGGACUCUGUAUGACGGCAAUACUGCUUUCUGGGAUUCAAUGCCUGCUAUAUACGCCGUUGAUGUCAAGGAUGUGGCUGUGAUUCAUGCUGCAGCCCUCUUGGAUCCAGAAGUCACGAACGCGCGCCUCCAUGCCUGGGGCCACAAAUGCAACGCCAAUGAUCUUUUAGUUGUUAUGCGACAACACUUUCCUGAACGCGAGUUUAUCGAUGAUCUAGCAUAUCAGACUGUACUACAUAUCUCCGCCGACUUCAGCGAGCCUCUUGCGCUGUUGAAGAAAUGGGCAGAUCAGGAUGGAUGGAGGUCAUUGGAAGAUUCUGUUGUGGAAAACGUGAACAGCAUUAUAAAUUUGGCAUAA